AUGGACACAGCCAAGUAUAGCAUCUGGUCAUUUCUGCCUCGAUAUUUGUUUCUGCAGUUUCGGAAAGCUGCCAACGCUUUCUUCCUCUUCAUUACGAUCUUGCAGCAAAUUUCGGAUAUCUCUCCAACAGGAAGAUACACCACUGCACUGCCGUUGAUGAUCAUUCUUAUAGUUUCAGGCAUCAAAGAGAUUAUAGAAGAUUACCAACGACAUAAGGCAGACAGAUUAAUCAACACAAAGAAAACAACAGUGUUACGACAAAAAGUGUGGCAAGUGGUUAUGUGGAAAGAGGUGAAGGUGGGGGACGUUGUGAAGGCCUCGAAUGGACAGUUCCUCCCUGCAGACAUGCUCCUGGUGUCCUCCAGUGAACCCCAAUCCAUGUGCUAUGUUGCAACAGCUAAUCUGGACGGAGAGACAAACCUGAAAAUACGGCAGGCCUUGCCAGAAACAGCCAGAAUGCUAAACAGAAAACAAUUAUUAAGUCUCUCUGGGAAAAUAGAAUGUGAACAACCCAAUCGUCAUUUCAGUACCUUUGCAGGAAACCUGUGCCUCACUGGUAAAAGUCCUGUCCCAAUCGGGCCCAACCAGAUCUUGCUAAGAGGCACACAACUUAAAAACACUCAGUGGAUCUUUGGCGUAGUUGUUUACACUGGAUUUGAAACCAAAUUCAUGCAGAACUCAGUCAAGUCCCCUCUGAAGAAGUCCACUGUGGAGAAGGUGACCAAUAUGCAGAUCCUGCUGCUCUUCUUAGUGCUCUUGGUCAUUUCCUUCUUGAGCUGCGUGGGAGCCAUCUUCUGGAAUGACUUCUACCAAAAAGAAAUGUGGUACAUUAAGAAGAAGGAUUUUACCUACAACAACUUUGGGUUUGACCUGCUGAUGUUCAUCAUCUUGUAUCACAACCUCAUUCCCAUCAGCCUGCUGGUGACUCUUGAAAUUGUGAAGUAUAUCCAGGGCCUGUUUAUAAACUGGGACGAAGAUAUGCACUUUAAAGGAAACAAUCUCUAUGCUGUGGCCAGAACGUCAAACCUCAAUGAAGAGCUGGGGCAGGUGAAAUACUUGUUUUCUGAUAAAACGGGGACCCUCACCUGCAACAUCAUGACAUUUAAGAAGUGCACCAUUGCAGGUAUCAUUUAUGGGGAGUCCUCAUCAUGUGUCACAGAUCAGUGUGAAUUUAACGACCCCACAUUGUUGAGGAACUUCAAGAACGGGCAUCCCACAGAAAAAUACAUAAAGGAAUUCCUGACCCUUUUGUGUGUGUGCCACACGGUUAUUCCUGAGAAGCAUGGGAAUGAGAUCAUUUACCAGGCCUCUUCUCCAGAUGAAGCGGCUUUAGUGAAAGGAGCGAAAAAACUCGGCUUUGUUUUCACAGCAAGGACACCGUACUCAGUCACCAUCAGAGCUAUGAAAGAGUAUUUCACGUUUGAAAUUCUCAAUGUCUUGGAAUUUUCCAGUGAUAGAAAAAGGAUGUCUGUAAUUGUCCGAACGCCUACAGGACAGCUCCGGCUCUACUGCAAAGGGGCUGAUUCAGUGAUUUAUGAGAGACUGUCGGAUGAGUCUUUGUUUAUGGAUGAGACAUUAAGUCAUCUGGAGUGUUUUGCCACAGAAGGCCUGAGAACUCUCUGUGUGGCUUAUACAGACUUAACUGAGAAGGACUACAAGGAAUGGUUGCAGAAGUAUAAAAGAGCCAGUGCAGUGUUAGAAGACAGAAGUAAAAUCAUAGAGCAAUGCUAUGAUACGAUUGAAAAGGAAUUUCUGCUGCUUGGGGCCACCGCUAUUGAGGACCGUCUUCAAGCACGGGUUCCAGAGACCAUAGAGACGUUACUGAAAGCAAACAUAAGGAUCUGGGUCUUGACAGGAGAUAAACAAGAAACUGUAAUUAACACAGCAUAUUCCUGCAAACUGAUAGCAAGUUGCAUGCCUCGCAUUAAAUUGAAUGCACAUUCAUUUGAAGCAACAGAAGAAGCAAUUAAUCAGAACUGUGAAGAUCUUGGAGACUUGUUAGGCCAAGAAAAUGACCUGGUCCUAAUCAUCGAUGGAGAAACACUGAAAUAUGCCUUCAGAUUUGAAAUUAAGAAGAAUUUCCUAAAUCUGGCCCUCUCGUGUAGAGCAGUAUUAUGCUGCAGGUUAUCUCCCCUCCAGAAGGCUGAAAUCGUGCACCUGGUCAAGAGUCACGUGAAGGCAAUUACUCUUGCCGUGGGCGAUGGGGCCAACGAUGUGGGGAUGAUCCAGACUGCCCAUGUGGGCGUGGGUAUCACUGGGAACGAGGGCCUGCAGGCCACCAACAACUCGGACUACGCCAUCGCACAGUUUAGUUACUUGGAGAAACUGCUGUUGGUUCAUGGAUCUUGGAAUUAUAUCCGAGUGACCAAAUGCAUAUUGUACUGUUUCUACAAGAACGUGGUGCUCUACAUCAUACAGCUGUGGUUCGCCUUUGUUAAUGGAUUUUCUGGGCAGAUUCUAUUUGAUAGUUGGUGCAUCAGCUUAUACAACGUGAUUUUCACUUCAUUGCCACCUUUCACUCUGGGCGUCUUUGAACAAUGUUGCACUCAGAGGAGCUUGCUUAAGUACCCGCAACUCUACGCAAUUUCUCAAGAAGAGAAAAUUUUCAACACAAAGGUCUUCUGGAUUGAAUUUAUGAAUGCCUUGGUCCACUCCUUCAUUCUCUUCUGGUUACCAAAACAAAUGGUGGAGCAUGAUAUGGUCUCGAAAGGUGGCUACACUACUGACUAUUUGUUUCUUGGAAAUUUUAUCUAUACGUAUGUAGUUGUUACUGUUUGCCUGAAAGCUGGUUUAGAGACAUUGUCCUGGACUAAAUUUACUCACUUGGCAAUUUGGGGAAGCAUCAUAAUCUGGAUGGCAUUUUUUGCGAUCUAUUCUUACUUCUGGCCCACCAUUCCUGUCUCUCCAGAUAUGAGAGGGCAGGUCAACAUGGCCAUGGUGUCUCCACACUUCUGGCUGGGUUUUCUCCUUGUCCCCACUGCUUGUCUGAUUCAAAAUAUACUGUGGAGAACGGUCAAAAAUACCUAUAAGAGAACCCUUCUAGAGGAAAUUCGGGAGCUGGAAAGCAUGAAAGUACAAAGACAAGAUUAUCUUCGUAGAGAUUUUGAGAAGAGAGUAAAGGCAGUACAACCGAAAGUGAGCCAGACUUACGAACUUGCCUUCCGGAAUGAGGCUGUUGAGCAAACUAUCCCACAUGGCUAUGCCUUCUCUCAAACAGAGCAGGCUGUGGUCACUCAGGAGGAAAUAGUCCGUUCUUAUGACACCACUAGCUACAGAUCAAGGUCGACCUCCCCUGAAGGUCUCAGCAGCGGCUCCCUGAAGGAGAUGGACAGGAAGAAGUACAGUACCAUCAUCUCCUCCUUCUGUGACAAAGGGGACAGGAAGGACCAGGGCAGACGUGGGGUCACUGAAGAGCUGCAGUCCCCGUCCGAGCUCCAGCCUCAGACCUGUCUGGUGGUCCAUGGUGCUGCCUCGGAUGCAUGUCCCUCUUCUGUGUCAUUCCAGUGUGACGUUGGAUCGGCUGUAGCCCUGCAUGAGUCAGGCUCGCUGCGGAAGAGGGUGGAGGGCCUGGUGCCCGCCUUCUUGCGGGGUGAGCUCUCCUACAUCUACACUUUCCUGGGGACCUACAGAGCAUCUGCCACCCCCCAGCAGGUCCUGGACCUUCUCUUCCAUAGGUAUGGUUGUGUCCUCCCCUGUUCUGAUGAGGGUGGUGGACCCCAGGACCAGCUCAAAGAGGCCAUGACCUUCAUCCUGGGCACCUGGCUUAAAGACCAUCCGGAGGAUUUCCAUCAGCCCCAGGAUCUGCUCCCCCUCAAGGUGCUGACGGCCUACGCUCAGAUGAACAUGUCAGGCUCAGACCUGGAGCGCAGAGCCCACCUGCUCCUUGUCCAGCUGGAACCCCCAGAGUCCGUGAAGAUAGAGCCUGAGGCUCAUGGUCCAGCCCCACCUCCAGGACCAGCUGUAGGACCACCUCCCGAGGGAGAGCCUGGUCUCACCCCAGCUUCUCCAUCAGCAGCCCCAGCCCCUGAGGGAGAACUUGCUUCUGCUCUAGAUCCACCCGGAGCCUCCCCUCCAGAACCUGCUCUAGAGGCCGAGCCAGCCUCAGUACCUCCUCCAGCAUCCGCCUGGGCUGUGGUCAGCUCCACCCCGAACCUUCCUACCUCCCCAGAGAGACCACCUUUGUGA